AUGAUCAUCCCAGCAGCCAAACUACAGGAUAUUCUCCCAGCUAUCGCAGAUCAAGUCAUUCUUUACAAUGGUGCCUCAACCUCUCAACCUUGCCAAGAGCUCUUUUCUCUCAGCUCCAGCUGCACGAGCCUUUGGACCCAAGACACCAACAGAUAUACCCAACUUCACCCAGACCUCAAGUCCCCCAUGCAUCAUGGCUCCAAGACAGCGUCGCCGCGCUACAGUCAUCGCACUCAACGGCAGAACACCGCCCCACUUCGCGUUACACUCUCCCCCUCGCAGACGCAAAAGCGCGACAGAACGUCGCAAGAGUUUGCAGCCGCAUUUCUGCUCAGCUCAGAAUCUUACGUUGCGCAAUCCGAGCAAUGGACUCCUGCAAAAGGGCUCUGCGAAAUGCGACAGUUCAUGUGA